AUUCCACCCGGUACUUCUCUUCUUUCUCGACAAGUACAUCCUUCUCACCUCAUAUCCAGCACUAAACAACACACGCAAUGCCUCGCGUCAUUGGAUUGGGCCUCCGGGCUCUCGAAUUCAUCUUCACCGUCAUCCUACUCGGACUGGUCGGUUCUCUCGAAGCUCAGAGCGACAGUAACCCGGAAAGCGUGCACUUUUCCAUGUUCACAGCCGCCUGGUCUGCACUGUUUUUGCUAUAUUUGAUCCCGGCUACGUGGACCGAGUCGUUUACCUUCCAUCCCAUCAUUCCGAUUGUCCUGGAUACGUUGAACGUUGUCUUCACUUUCUGUGCGGCCGUUACUUUGGCUGCUAGGACCAAGGCUAAGAGCUGCUCUAAUCAUAUUUUCCUCGAUACCAACUCAAUUGCCAUGGGAUCCGAGAACCGUUGCCGCGAGGCUCAGGCAGCCUGCGCUUUCUUCUGGUUCCUUUGGGCUUGCUACGUGGGGAGUCUCAUCAGCUCCGUUCUUGGUGGACGAUCAAGCGCCAACCUCCGAGCUACCCCGUCUGUACGACGACCCAUGUCUCAAGUCUAGCUCGAUCUUUCAAUCUGCCAACGGUCAAACCAAUGGUCAAUUUGACAACCACUCAGUCACUCUCGGUCUGGCAUCGAAACCAACUCUCACUAAAAAGCAACCACGACUCGUCUAGAGUCAUAGUACGUCUGUGACGACAUUAUUUACUCCUAAUAGCCACCUCGCUUCGGAGAAUGAUUGGACGUAAUACCAUUGGUUGAUGAUUUAUAUAUAUUAAUAAUCUCUUGGAUGAUGUAUGAUUAUUUCACUCAUGUUAUGGUUUAUGUAUUAUGUUGACUUGAUGUUGAUAUCUAAUAUAAAUCCGUUAUAAAAAGCAAGGCUGCUAUGGCUAAAUCACCAACUAGUCACCCCCCGCUCUUUAUCAAAUCCUCCCCUCAACUGAAACUCGGGAUGCACAACUUUACCCUGCAGAAUCGUGUACUUCACAAUUCCCUCACAAUGCUCCGGUCGUAUACGCGCCAGCCAGAUCAACUGUCCUUCCUCCUUGCGAUACACCAACACAUUCGCUGAGAACUUGUGUCCUCCAACAUGAGAUACAUAGAAUAUCCCCACGCCACCAGGUCGCUCGUCAGUGGCAUCCCGAUAUAGUCCCGCGGGGCGCAAGUGACGCUCUAACUCCUUUUUGAUUAAGGGUGCUGAAGUUCCGCACCGAGCAUCGCGGCGUUUGUGUGAACAGAGAAGAACGACGUAGUCGUGCGGACAAGGCCGGGGUUUUAGUGCUGACGUUUCCGCUGACGAAGUCGAUGUCUUGUCGAUGAACCGUGCGACUAGUUCUGGGACCGAUGAUAUGGUCACAUUGUCAAUUAAUUGGAAUGAAGGUAAUAACAACACUGUCGUUGCACUGUCUCGAUCCGUGGAAGAGUCGUCCUUGUGUGCAGUGAUGUUUGAUGCGUUUACCAUGAGACGCUGCGCGAGUCAGUUGCCAAUGGUCCUAUUCAACUUUAGAAGACCAAAAAUAGAAAAGUACCUCCUUCGAAGACACCUCGCACAGCGCAUGAACCAAACUCCCUCUCUCCCCCUCGGGCUUCGAUACCCAAUCCGACUUGCCCGUUCCGACGAGCACGUGCGUGGUAAACGGCUUGACUUUACCGUAUAUCUUUCGUUCGCUAUCGAUAUGGAAUUUAUCCGGUAAAUGAACUGUGCAAUCAGAGCAGUCCUUUAGACAAUCCGGUCCAUCUUCCUGGGUGUUGACUGCGGGGAAUAUGUAGUCUUUGUUGGUACCUCCGGUGAUGGAGGAGAGGAGCGAUUUGAACAUGUUCCCACUUAGGCAGAUAGUACUGUCGCAAGUCUCUUAUUUGAUUUGAUUUGAAUCUCUAAAGAGAAGAAAAUUUAAGGCCAUUAUCAUGAGCAACGAAAAAGAAUGUUGCUUCUGCUUUAUAUGAGGUAGCUACAGCAAGGCCCCUCGUAAAUCCGAGCUCCCGAGACAGCACUUGUUAUUCCCGAGAAGGUUAACCGACCUGGUAAUAGCCUGCAGAGAAAACCGUCUGCCUAGACUGUGGAUACGUAAUUAGUGCUCGAGUCAGUGUGCAUACGUAGUAUAAUUAUGAUCCUAGAUAUGGUGAGAUUGGGCUAGUAAUGCGGAGAGCAAAG